UUAUCAGACAGUCCGACGGUUCAGGCGAACGGUGAGAGCGUCACAUCUGCUGCAGCGCUGGUUAGACCUGAUGACAGAGGGAGACCUACGCCCCCUCCUCCGUCAAAAACCCCUGAACUUGCUAAAAGCGAACCCCUCCUCACAGAAUCUGCCUCCUCUGACACAAACACUACUCCCUCUGAACCCCCUCAGGAUCUCCCUCUCGAAACUCUCCCUCUUCCCACUCCUGCACCAACUGCCCCUGUUAUUGCAGACGUAAUGGAUGCUCCUCGACCUACCAGAGACCCCACCCCAUCUCCCAAAUCUGCCCCAGAAGUGCCCGCCUACCCUGCCCCCCUCCCUGCCGCGAUACGAUCUGCUGCAAAAAUCAAGAAAGAGGGGGUGGUGGUGAAGCAGCAGCAGCAGAAAGAAGAAGUAGAAGAUGUGCCUCCUCGUUCUCUUUCUACCACGAAUGGUGUCGUUGAAGCGGAGCCAGAAAAGCCGUCGGUCGUGGUGCCCCCCGCUCACCUGGAGGCCCCUCUUGAGUCUCCCAUCGCACAACCAGAGGAGCUUCGUCUCCCCAAUGGCCUCCCACUGCCGGCCCCUCGAGAUCCAGAGGUGCCCGAAACUAUUACCGCACGCACGACGACAGAGAGAGACGACAGCCCCAUCGCCGAACCCGAUAUCAGCGACGUGGUAGAAACCCCCGUCACUCAGGCGCCAAUUCUCCUAACCCCACUUUCUUCUCCUCCUGUGGUUGAAAAGCCCACACCUGUCGAGGAGACUCCGGUUGAGCUUGUCGUCGAGGAGGAGGAAGUGGAGAUGUCCGUCGAACCCGAAGAGGAGAAAGCGCCCGUCGAAACUGAAGAGCAAGAAGAAUGUCUCGCUCCUACUCAAGUGGAGGUUAUUGAAGAAUCCCCGGUGCCUGAUCCUGCAGAAACGGUACCAGUUGUAGCGGAAAGUGUUGAAGAAAUGGAGCUGACUCCUCCCCCUCACACAGAAGAGGCAUUGACUCCUCCCCCCCCAAUAGCAGAAGAGGUAUUGACUCCUCCCCCUCCCACAGCAGAAGAGGAAUCGACUCCUCCCCCUCCAACAGAAGAUGCAGUGACUCCUCCCCCUCCCACAGCAGAAGAGGCAGUGACUCCUCCCCCUUCCCCAGUAGAAGAGGCGUUGACCCCUCCCCCUUCCACAGCAGAAGAGGAAUUGACUCCUCCCCCUUCCACAGCAGAAGAGGAAUUGACUCCUCCCCCUGCCACAGAAGAGGAUAGGGAGGAAACUGAAACUCCGCCUCCUCCACAGACGCUCCCCCCUGCCCUGGUAGAAGCUACUAUGCAAGCUGCUGUGUCUGUGCCAAAGAAGAAGCGGAAGAUGAAGGAUCUGAACAAAAAGGAGACCGUAGGCGACCUCCUCGAUGCCUUUAAAGAGCGUCUCGCCUACAGCUGA